CAUGGUUUAUUCCGUCAAGAUAAGAACCAAAUGAUUGCAGUAAGCCAUAUAGAUACAUGUUAUUCAACUUCGGGUAAUGAUAUUGUAGUGUGAUGUUGAGUUUCGCUUGUCAUUUAUUUCAAGAUAUACAUCUCAUAGGCUGUGGCGCUCUAUCGUCUCAUCGCGCAGUUUUAUUUUUUGUAUCUUCAGUUUUGGGUCAAUUUAAGCAUCAAAUCGAUCUCUAAUUAUCUGCGAAAACCUUAAAGCAUAUCAAAUCAAUCUCAAAUUAUCUGUUAAAAUUUUAGAUUUCAAAACUCUGGUUGUAAACUUCCGAAAUAUUAUCCGUGAAGUGGCCCUUUAUUGAUAUCCUCUCUCCACUGCAAAAUACAGAAAAUUAAUUCAUCUUUGCUGAAAGGGAAACGCAAAACUCAUGUCGGAUGAAAACACUCCACUAAUUACACCUGGUCUGAACGAUGAAGAACCAUACUCUAUAGGCCACGGAGCGACACGGCAACUGGAGCCAACAGUUAUCGUGAAUCAGGUGAUAAUUGAAGAAAACGAAGAAGACGAGGGUGAUGAAGAUGAGAUAUUUGAGGACGAGGACAAUGAUGACGUCACUAGUCUGUAUCAGAAUGGACAGUCGCAGUCAAUCAGUGUGUCUGUGUCCCAGUCCACAAGAAACACUCUUUGGACAUCUCAGCACAAAUUCAAUGCCUCAUCUACCAUGCCGAAACUUGCCUCAUAUGCCCAGAUAUCCGACACUCACAUAGCCGAAAUACCAGAACAUGACCCGCCUUACAGACGUAGAAGGCUGGAUUCUGCAGGAAGUGUGUUGACCAGGGGCAGUUUUGUGUCUGUUUUGGGGGAAGAGCGCACUGGGGACAACUUGAUCACAUGGUAUCAGUGCAUGGCUCAUCUGCUCAAGAGCAUGAUAGGAACUGGGCUACUGGCUCUUCCCUUUGCCUUCUCUCUCGUGGGCAUAGUUGCUGGACCACUAUUCAUGGGCUUCAUCGCUUGUAUGGCCCUCGUGGCUAUGAAUUUCCUCCUGGAUGCGUGUCGCCACAUGUGCAAGGUCGAAGAGAGACCUUAUAUGGACUAUGGCGAGCUUGCCGAGAGCGUGUUACGUCAUGGACCUUUUGAAUUUCUUCAAAGCCAUUGUCAUAUCGCUAAACGAGUUAUAAAUACACUGUUAGUUAUGACUCAACUGGGGUUCUGUGCAGUUUAUUUUGUAUUUUUUGCCCAGACUGUGGAUUCUGUUCUGACGGAUUUCGACAUACACAACCCCUUCAGCGAUAGAGUCCUGAUUUGCAUGUUUUUCGUACCAGUUGUUAUGCUUUGUUUGAUUAGAAAUUUGGCAUUACUUGCGGUGUUCUCUUCCCUCGCAAAUUUGCUUCUCGCGUUUGGACUUGGAGUCAUAAUUUAUGAGCUACUCACCAACGUCGAAGAGCCAAGAGAACUUCCAGCAUUCAAACCCUUUGCGAACCUGCCGCUCUUUUUCGGAGCAGCCGUUUACACCGUCGAAGGAAUAGGAGUUGUGCUUCCUCUUGAAAACAAAAUGCAGAAGCCCGAACACUUCAAGCGUGUGCUCAAUUUCGGGAUGAUUUUUGUGUUCAUGCUUUGCUUGACCUUCGGUUUUCUGGGAUACGAUAAAUAUGGCGACGAUAUUGAGGCUUCGAUUUCUUUGAACUUGCCGAAUAAUUGGUACUGUUCUUUGACCAAAAUUUUGUUUGCAGUCGCGAUGUACGUAUCUUACGCUCUUCAAUUUUUGGUUCCUGUCCGAAUUUUGAUGCCAUGGGUCAAAGAAAAAUUCCCAAACAGCAAUGGGACUCUCAGAGAUUAUUUAUUCCGACUAUCUUUGAUCGCUGUAACGUUUCUAGCAGCAAUUAUUGUUCCGAAGCUCAAUCUGUUCAUUGAACUUCUGGGAUCUCUAGCCAGCUCUUCUUUGGCAAUGACAUUACCUGCAAUCAUUUUUGAGUUCUCUUUGCACAGCAAUAAGAAAAUAUCAUUUGGCCGAAAGUGUCUAUACAGAGUAUUCAUAGUGAUGUUAUUGGUCGUUGGAACUUGUGGCUGUGUUGUUGGAUCAGUUUUGUCAAUGAAGAAUAUCAUUUUGGCCUUUGUUACAUCUGAUGAACAUCACGACAAUUUAAAUAUUACAAAUAUUACGACAACUAGCUCUCAACUUUUAAUUCCGAUCACUAAUGCGCUAUUUUGAAUCAUUUAGUGACCAAAUUAUUGUUCCGACCACUUCA